UCUCUUACAGUCUAGCUUGUUUUUAGUUGCUGUAAUGAUGCAUGCAGGUGUUCAGCAUCCAACGUACAGUGAACCUAUUUGGCUGUGCAUGUAUUUGAAUAACAACUAGGAGGAGGCACUAAAUUAACAAGGACAAAGAGAAUCUGGAUGUGCCAGCGUCUGUGUAGCCAGUGGAACCCAUAAGCAUGAACAUUUUAGAUUUUGAAUGUUGCUCACUGCUGUUUCAUUGGCUCCGGUAGUUUUUAAGCAUAUUUAGAGCUUCCACGAGACAGUAAUACGUGCACGCGCAUAUAGUGAGAAACUGAUGGUGAGCACCAUCUGCCAACAGAUGGCCUGCUUACUAGCAUGUUGUGCCAUGGUGGAGCGGUCCAAGAAUCCUUUACUAGAAUCAGAGCAUUAUUCAGCCUUCAUACGAGGACAGGCUGUGACUAGAAUUGGAGUCACUAUCCAGCAGACAGCAGUACAGAACAUUUAACUGUGCAACGGUUUAAGUGAAAGAUGAUGUGUGCUGAAGAAUCUACAAUGUUUAUUUUCUUUUUCAGUUCUCCUAGUUAAUGUAUUAUUUUCAUGCUGCGCCUCGGCCUCAGCGUAGUCCUCAUAUUACAGCCGCAGGAAUAAGAAACGUUACUCUUGGGGGAAAUGCAGACAUAUUUUCUUGUGAUUUUUAAUUAAAAGCAAAUUGCUUCUAGUGCCCACUGAUCUUUUUUUUCCCACGGCCUUUACUGUUUUGUAUUAAAAUUCAAAGUUCAUAUAUAUUUUUAAAUAAAUUGAAUGUAAAACUUUAAGGGUCCAACUUCAAGCAUAUUUCUAAUUCUAGCCUCAUUUUGCAGCUAUAAUGUGGAUGCAGGAACAGACCUUUGUUUAGCUGAUGGAUAAAGUGAGUCAUUCAUUAUUUCCUAGUAGCGUGUUGCAGGGGCGAACCACCAGUCCACACGGCUGCAGGCAUUUGAUUGAUGUGAAUUGCUGGGUUUGUCGUGAGGUGGUGAUCCGUGGGCAUCCUGUUUCUGCGUGUGGCGCUGUCAUGUGAUAGCCGGGGUUUUAUUCCGUGUCCCAGUGAGCGGGCUUACUGCCUCCCCUGCCAAGCUGUAAGAGCUGGCUUGAACGCGAUGACGACCAGAUGAAACGGUGCUCUGCUAUCUGCUACCAAGUUCAAUUGGGGUUGAAUGGCCAUCAUGUAGGUCUGCUAAGAACAGAAACCCAAGGACCUGAAGCUGCUGGAUUUCUUCUUCGAUGCUUUCAGAAAUGCUCAACAUUGUUCCGCUCGUCUAUCUAGUGAUGCUGCUGCCUGAAGUGGCUCACUCAGCUCAGGGUCACUAUGCACAGAAACUGCUAAAUGAUCUGAUGGAGAAUUAUUCCAGUUCCCUGCGGCCUGUGGAGGACACGGACAGUGCCCUCAAUGUCACCUUACAGAUCACGCUCUCUCAGAUCAAAGACAUGGAUGAGAGGAACCAGGUGCUGAUUGCCUACCUGUGGAUCAGGCAGACAUGGCAUGACGCUUACCUCAAAUGGAAUAAAGAGGACUAUGAUGGACUGGAUGUGAUCCACAUCCCCAGCAGCCUGGUGUGGAGGCCUGACCUAGUCUUGUAUAACAAAGCAGAUGAUGACUUCUCGGGGCCGAUGGACACCAAUGUGAGACUGCGCUACAACGGAGAGAUCACCUGGGAUGCUCCUGCCAUCACCAAGAGCUCCUGUGUGGUGGAUGUCUCCUACUUCCCCUUUGACAGCCAGGACUGUAACCUAACGUUUGGUUCCUGGACCUACAAUGGCAACCAGGUAGACAUCAUUAUGGGCAUGGACAGUGGUGACCUGUCAGACUUUGUGGAAAACGUGGAAUGGAAGUGCCGCGGGAUGCCAGCCACCAAGAACGUCAUCAUGUACGGCUGCUGCUCGGACCCGUAUCCAGACAUCACGUACACCGUGCGACUGCAGCGUCGCUCCUCCUUCUACAUCUUCAACCUCCUCCUCCCCUGCUUCCUCAUCUCCUUCCUGGCCCCGCUGGGGUUCUACCUGCCCGCGGACUCCGGGGAGAAGGUUUCUCUCGGAGUGACGGUUCUCCUGGCUCUCACCGUGUUCCAGCUGAUGGUGGCUGAGAGCAUGCCUCCAUCAGAGAGUGUGCCGCUUAUAGGAAAGUACUACAUUGCCACUAUGACCAUGGUCACAGCCUCCACAGCUCUCACCAUCUUCAUCAUGAACAUCCACUUCUGUGGUGCUGAGGCCAAGCCGGUCCCUCACUGGGCAAAAGUCCUCAUCAUCGACUACAUGUCCAAGAUUUUCUUUGUUUAUGAGGUGGGUGAGAAUUGCACCUCUGCCUCCUCUCCUUCCUCCUCUGCUUUUUCGUCUGUUGCGUCCCCACAGGAUGACAUCUGUCACCAGCACCAGAGCUCCCACAUUCACGCAAAUGGAAAACCAAAGAGUCACGGUAGCCGCAAGGACCAGCAGAAUCACAGGUACCCCAGGCCCCAGACCCCGAAGCCACAGCACCACCCCAGAGUGAGGGUUCAGCACCACAUCACCAGAGAGGAGAGGAGCCACCUUUCCAGCUUUGCACCUGGAAAGUAUGAAGGCUCUAAUGGUAAAAUUCGAACCGAUGACCAGAAGGUCCCCUGUUGUCCUGAAGACCAAAAGAUUCCCUGCUGCCCAGAAGACAAAACGCCUCUCCCUCAGGGCCCCACUGUAACCUUUGGCCCCUGUGUGUUCUGUGCACAUGGCAGUGACAUCCCUGGUGUGGACACCAAGCUGGUACGAAAUGUGGAGUAUAUCGCCAACUGUUUCAGAGAGCAGAGGGCCACAUGUGCCAAGGGGGCCGAAUGGAAGAAGAUCGCUAAGGUGAUGGACAGGUUUUUCAUGUGGAUCUUCUUCAUUAUGGUUUUCCUUAUGAGCAUUCUCAUCAUCGGCAAGGCACCAGGACCAAGCACUAAUCCAGAAAGCUCCACUGUUUAGACUAAUAACUGUGUUAAUACAUUGACAAACAGUAAAAAAACAAAUUUA